AAAUAUCUCCACAUGGAAUGUUUAAAGAUCGUGUCUUUGACAUAACUGAGUUUCCCAUGGCCGUAGAGGAAGAAGCCGGCGAGUUUCUGUCUGCCGGGCGAAACCCUAGAGUCAUGGAGACGGAUCCAAACUCCAUCACUGACACGAUCGAAAACCCAUCCUGGUUUUCUCCCAGAAAGCUGCUCUCUGUGUUUUGCAUAAUCAACUUACUAAAUUACAUGGAUCAAGGAGCCAUAGCAAGCAAUGGUGUUAAUGGGAGUCUUGAAACCUGCAACUCAAUUGGUACAUGUUCACCUGGCAGCGGAAUCCAGGGAGAUUUUAACUUGACCAACUUCGAGGAUGGUGUUCUGUCAUCUGCUUUUAUCGUUGGACUUCUUGUGGCUUCUCCCAUAUUUGUAUCUUUAGCCAAGAGUGUUAAUCCAUUUACACUUAUUGGAGUUGGACUAUCUGUCUGGACUUUUGCUGUUAUCGGCUGUGGUCUUGCUUUCGAUUUCUGGUCCAUUACGAUCUGUCGCAUGGUUGUGGGCGUUGGUGAAGCGUCAUUUAUAAGCCUUGCUGUCCCUUUUAUAGAUGACAAUGCCCCAGUUGAUCAGAAAACAGCAUGGAUUUCUAUAUUUUACAUGUGCAUUCCAACUGGAUAUGCUCUUGGCUAUGUUUAUGGUGGACUGGUCGGGGAUGCUCUCCACUGGCGUGCUGCAUUUUUGGGAGAAGCAAUACUUAUGCUUCCUUUCGCUGUUCUAUGUUUCGUUAUGAAGCCUCUGCAGCUGAAAGGUUUUGUCUCAGCUGAGACAUCGAGAGCUCAGACAGAUAAUUUAGACGUUCAAGGAGGUGAACCGAUUAGUUAUCAGUUUUCGAUCAUUAUGAAAGAUAUGCAGGUGCUCUUGCUCGAUAAAGUUUAUGUGACCAAUGUUCUUGCAUACAUUGCAUACAACUUUGUGUUAGGCGCAUAUUCAUACUGGGGUCCAAAAGCUGGUUAUAACAUCUACAACAUGAGUAAUGCAGAUCUGAUAUUUGGAGGAAUCACAGUUAUUUGUGGAAUCUUGGGCACAAUAUCAGGGGGUUUGAUUCUUGAUUAUGUAGAUUCCACUAUUUCAAAUGCUUUUAAGCUUCUUUCAGUGGCAACAUUCAUAGGAGGAUUAUUCUGCUUCUUUGCUUUCUGUUUCAAGAACAUGUAUGCUUUCUUGGCUCUUUUUGCUGUUGGUGAAUUGCUCGUCUUCUCCACAGGGGGUCCGGUGAAUUAUGUAAAUCUCCAUUGUGUGAAACCAAGUUUAAGACCACUGUCAAUGGCAGUGUCCACAGUUGCCAUCCAUAUCUUUGGAGAUGUCCCUUCCUCACCACUUGUUGGGGUUCUCCAGGACUACGUGAACAAUUGGAGAGAGACUUCUCUUAUUCUCACAUCAAUUCUCUUUCCCACAGCUGCAAUAUGGUUUACAGGAGUUUUCCUGAACAGUGUGGACCGACAUAACGGUGAUGAUUCGGAGAUUGAUACAGUGAACAGGGAAUCAACCAUGACGAUCCCUCUGCUCGAAGAAGGCUUUACGCAGCUAUGACAUUCUUGUCAGAAUAACUAUGGUAACUGUUCCCUUCAGUGGUGCAAAUCGUGAAUGGAAUCAUGGGUUGCGCAGAGAAUUUGUCCUAGGAAACUAAAUCCUGCAACAUCAUCAGAUGGCAGAAGCUAAUAGCCUCUGCCCUGUCAUAAUCAUAUCCUCAUGUAUGUAUUUCAUCAGCAGUAAACCAACAACCUCCUAAUCAUCUUGUAGCUUAUGAACCAAGGCUCAAACUUUCUCAAUAUUAGCUAAGAACGAAUCUUGAUGAUCAAAAAACAUGAAUGCAGUGUCAAAGUGACAAGGUC